GGGAAGGCGGCUCUGCUAUCAGCAGGGCCGGGCGAGGCCCGGCCGGCCAUGGCCUCGGGGGGGCCCGGGGAGCGGCUGUGCGAGGAGGCUAGGUGCCCAGUGUGCCUGGAUUUCCUGCAGAAACCGGUCAGUGUGGACUGCGGCCACAGCUUCUGCCUCAGAUGCAUCUCCGAGUUCUGCGAGAAGUCCGACAGUGCACAGAGCGGCCUCUAUGCCUGUCCGCAGUGCCGGCUUCCCUUCAGGCUGGAGAGCUUCCGCCCCAACAGGCAGCUGGCCAGCCUGGUGGACAGCGUGCGGCAGCUGGGGCUCGGCGCGGGGCCCUCGGGGGCGCGCCUGUGUGUGAGGCAUGGCGAGGAGCUGAGCCGCUUCUGUGAGGAGGACCAGGAGGCUCUGUGCUGGGUCUGUGACACCACCCCAGAGCACAGGAGCCACCGCACAACACCGCUGCAGGAGGCCGCCAGGUGCUACCAGGUAAAGCUCCAGAUGGCCCAGGAACAUGUGAGGAAAGAGAUGGAGGAAGCCUUGACUCAGGAGGCCAGUGUGGGAAGGAAAACUGUCAUUUGGAAGGAGAAAGUGGAAACGCAGAGGCAACGCUUCAGGUUGGAGUUUGAAAAGUAUCGUGGCUUACUAGCCCUGGAGGAGCAACUGCAGCUUAGAAGACUGGAGGAGGAGGAGCGAGCCACCCUGCAGAGACUGCGGGAGAGCAAGAACCGGCUGGUUCAGCAGAGCAGGGCCUUGAAGGAUCUGGCAGAGGAUCUGGAGGAGAGGUGCCAGCGCCCAGCCCUGGGUCUGCUGGAGGGUGCGGGAGGAGCCUUGAGCCGAAGUAAGAGUGUCACACGGCUGGAUCUGGAGACCAUCCCCAUGGAGCUGAAGACAAUGUGUCGCAUCCCUGGGAUGAGGGAAAUGUUGAGAAAGUUCCAAGUUGACAUAAAACUGGAUCCCGCCACAGCACAUCCUAGCCUCCUCUUGACUGCUGACCUGCGCAGUGUGCAGGAUGGAGAACUAUGGAGGGAUGUCCCCAACAACCCUGAGCGAUUUGACACAUGGCCUUGUAUCCUGGGUUUGCAGAACUUCUCAUCAGGGAGGCAUUACUGGGAAGUUAUGGUGGGAGAAAGAGCAGAAUGGGGGUUAGGUGUCUGUCAAGACACAGUGUCAAGAAAGGGGGAAACCACACCAUCUCCUGAGAACGGGGUCUGGGCCAUGUGGCUACUGAAAGGGAGUGAGUACAUGGUCCUUGCCUCUCCAUCAGUUCCUCUCCUCCACCUGGAACGGCCUCGCUGCAUUGGGAUUUUCUUGGACUAUGAAGCAGGUGAAAUCUCCUUUUACAACAUCACACAUGGGUCUUAUAUUUACACGUUCAAUCACCUUUUCUCUGGUUUUCUUCGACCUUAUUUUUUCAUUUGUGACACGACUCCUCUUAUCUUACCACCUAUGACAGAAGUGGAGUUAGAAAAUUGGGCAUCCAGGGGUCAUUUUCACCCUGCUUCUAACAUUAGAGACGAUCCUUCCUAAAAUUCUGUUGCUAAGAUACACCCCAAGUCUAGUAAAGUUUCCUGGAGUAGAAUGGAGGGUAUACAUAUGUGAAGGCUCAACAGAUGUCCCCAUUUAGGUCAGCACUUCAUUCCUUGUCACUAUGGACAUUUUCCCAUAGGGGCAAAAGAGAAAAUAUAAAAUAUUUGUGUUUGGACAAGGAUUGUAUAGAAUAGUAAUUUUAGAAAUGGAGCAGGCUUACCACUCUUUUCCCAAAUGGCUUUACAUACUUUCUUGAUGUGUUUUCCUCAAAUGAAUGGACCUCAUAUUAAACAAAGAUAUCUAUACAUUUAUUUUAAUGUCUCAUUCCUUUUAAUAUCUCUUCAUUCCAAUCUUCCAUAUGUUAAGAAUUAGAAAUGGCAAUUCUUAAAUUGGUUCAGAACAGUCCAAUAUUGUUCUAGCAUCAGCUCCGUAAUUCUUUUUCCUCCUCCUUAUUUUCCUUCUCUUAUUCUCUCCUCCUUCUCCGUCUCUCUGCCUCUGCAUCUUUCUGUCUCUGUCUCUCUCACUUUUGCUCUUUAUUGCUUCUUUCUUCUUUUCUUGCUUUAUACCUCUUAUUGUUUAACCUUCCAUUUACCUUCUAGAUUAAUAUAUUCAGAACCAUUCCUUUAUAUAUUCAUGAUUCCUAUGACUAUUCAAUUACCCUUUAAAUCCUCUUCACUCAGGGGUCAAUUUUUGAGAAGGAUGAAAUUCAUUCCUCUGAUUCUAAUAUCACUGAGCCUCAUGCCUUAUCCCUUACAACUUUUUCCUUUAUCUUUGGAUACAUUUUUUUUUAAUUGAAGCAUAGUUGACUUUGUGUUAGUUUGUGUUAGUAUUGUGUUAAGUUUCAGGUGUACAGCAUCGAUACAUUUUUUAGAGUAGAAAUUUCUCAGAAUUCUGAUUCAACUAGUUCUUUGACCUAGUCAUUACCUAGUUGUAAGACUUCAAACAAGCAACCUCUCUCUCUCAGUCUCAGCUACUUAGUAUGAUUCCUGUACAUGGAACAAUGAUAUUGACCUCCCAAUGUUUUGGGAAAUAAGUAAGGUUGUGAUUUAUAUGAUUGGUUUAAAUUCAACUUUACUACUUAAAUACAAUGUAAAAAUGACCAGAAUGAUGAAAUGAUAAUAAUAUUUGACUUAUUUUAAAAGUAUAUUCUGUACAUUUCCAACAAAAUUCUUAAAAAUUAUUGAAAGCUAACUCUGCUACCUUCUUUCUCUAUAUCUAUGUCUAAUAAAUAAUUGCUAACCAAAUGCUAAAAUGCUUAAAUGCUAAAUAAUUAUUAAUUAAUAGAAAAUUUAGAUAACCUAAUCCUGAUAAUAAUCCACCAAGACUUUAAUCCUCUACUUUAACUCUACCUUGACUUUUAAGGAGCUUUUCUCAUCUAUAGAGAUUUCUUUGACUAAAAUCUUUCACAUAUUUUGCAAUAACAUUACUAAUAUAGUUUUCUUUCUAUAUUAAUAUAUUUCUUUUCAGACUUUUUACAUUUGGAGGAACAUUAUGGAGUAUAAUAAUUUUAGAAAUAGCAAAAUUUUAUCAAACUGUAUUUCCAGAUGGCUGUACAUAUUUUAUUGAAGGGGCCUUGUAUUAAACAAAGAUUUCUGUAUAUUCAUAUUUGAUACAUGUAUGUUUGAUCAUGAACAAACAAUUCCCCUCUUUGUCUCUUUUGGAAACAGAGGUAAUAAUAAUGUACCCUUACAUCCCUCUUGUUGAUAUUUUAUAUACCAUGAAUUCUCUAGGCCUUUUCUGUUCAUGAACUAAGUAGAAACUGGCUCAUGCAGUGGGUCUCAGUUCGUGCUUCCCCAUGAUCAGGGCUUAAAUGAGGCAUGGCAACUUAUUGUAACACUUGAGUGUCCAUGUCACUAUAGGGCCAGCAAUUAUGAGAGGAGUCAUGACAGAGAACAUACACUCAGAGCAGUAGAGCCCCUUCCCCAUAGGGAUCAAGAGGGACAGGGUCACUGGUCUAAGAUCAUGUCACCCCAGGGGCUCCACCCAUUCACCAGGACAAGGAAGCCUCAUGGCCUCAGGCCUGCUACCCUCUUCAAGGGGUGAAAAGGGAAUCCCACGAAUGCCUCCUCCCUACAAAGAAAGCUAACAUCCUAGUUUCCACUGUCACCCUUUAAUCCUAUUAUCCCAAUGUGCAUCUUAUCAUGAGGUAUGUUAGUUACUAAACCAACUUAAAUCUUUCUUCAUCCCUUGCAUUCCAAGUUUCACAAAGCUUUGUGCAUCUCCUAUUAUUGUCCCUACUCCUUCCCUUCCCAAUUCCAUACACACACACACACACACACACACACACACACACACUCAUACACAAUACACAGAAUCUUUUCCAGUGGAUAAAGACUCCAUUUUUUCAGUUACUCAGGCCAACAAUCUGGCUAACUCCUUUCUUGAUUUUACUUUCUCAUAUCUAGUCCAUCAGUAAGCCCUGUUGGCUCUACCUUCAGCAUAUAUCUAGAGUUCAGCCAGAGCUAACCUAACCACUCUGCCGCUAAAACCAUCGUCUUAACAUCCAUCCUCUCCCUCUGGGUUAUUACAUUAGUUUCCUAACAAUAAUCCUGGCUUUACCUCGGCCACUUCUGUGUCCUUUCUCAAUGCGGCAGCCAGACUGAUCCUUUUAGCACCCAAGAUUGUAGUACCAUUGCAGCUACCUUCCAUCCAACUUAUAGUUAUAGCCAAAAUCUUUACAACAAACCCUCAGACCCUAGAAGAUCUGAGCACAAGUUCCUACUCUGAUUCUGACUCCCUCCCCUUACUUCCCCUUUUAUUAUUCUCCAUCUAUUCUGGCCUCCUGGCUGGGUUUACACCACCAGGCACUUCCUAUACUAUUGGGCCUUUCUCCCAGCUGUGCCUUCUACCUGCAGUUUCCUUUUCCCAGAUGCUUCUUUAAUUCAUUCCCUUUCUUUCUUUAAGGCUGCUCAAAUCCAGCUUCUCAGAACUAUACAACCUGACCUACCCCAGAACCCACCCAGAGCUUACCCUCCCACUCCCCUUCACUGGGCCCAAUGGAGGCUCUUUUCUUCAAUAUAGUACUUAUCAGCUUCUAAUAUAUUUUAUUGUUAUCCUAUUUAUUGGGUUUAUUUUUAUUUAUUUAUUUUUGCUUUUGCCUUUUCUGGAUAGAAUGUAAGCAUCCUGAGGGGGGGAUCAUUGUCUAUUGAUAAUGAUAUAUCUGACAUAUCUCAAACACCUCAAGUACUGGUUUGUAUGUGGUUAUCACUCAAUGCAUACUUGUUGAAUAAAUAAAUGAUUAACUUUUUGUGGACAGAAUUAAAUUCUGGGUCUGAAAAUAUUUUGUGAAAUGUAAUAUAGUGGUAUUAUUAUUAAUUUAUCACUAGACUACCACUGACAUAAAGCUUAAUGUCAAGUUCUAAAUGAGUAAAAUCAAUGCUUAAGUGUAGAGGAAAUUUGAAGGCUAAAUUUGAAUAGAAGGCUAAAUUUGAAUAGAGGAAAUUUGAAUAGAGGUAAUGAUUCUCAUGCCAUGAUGAAUUGCUGUGCCCAGGAAUGGUUCCACUGAGCCUCCUGUAGCUUUGAUUCCCUAUGACAAUACGACACCUUUGACUCAUGCAUUGCCUUGUGUGCACUCCAUAUGCAAAUUCACAUACUCACUAAGAAUGUGGGGAACGUUAUAUAAAAUUAUAUGGAA